AGUCACAGUAUCGAUAACAAACGAUUCGAUGCAACUUUAAUUUAUUCAAUCGCGAGUUUUGUUUGCAUAUAUUCAGCGUAUGUCGCGUAGGAAUUUCGUUUUCCCGUUUUCGGCUAGGUAGGUGGGCGAAAACCGUCGUGAACGAGGAAAGAGGAACGCGAUUUUCGUCUUCUGGGGAUUAAUUCUUUGUAUCGAGCGUCGAAAACGAUUUCCGUCGGGAUCGUUGGAAAAGUCGAAAGCGCAGAUGACGGUGCGUGGAAAAAUUGUGGUUAAGGUACCAACGAGGCAGCAAACACGAAGGAACCAACAUCUUUGAACGGUAACGAUAGCCGUCGCGUUGCCACCGAACACGAAGACCGCAACGAGACGUGGGGGCAUGGUGGACGCGCCACUGGCCGUUCCAUCGUCAAGAAUGGCGCUUCCGAACAGCCGAAACUUCGCCAACUGUUACAUGGAACUGUGUAAGCAGCAACGGCUACGUCCACUGCCUGUCAUCUGUGUGACACUGCCCCACAGUUUAGAUUUCACCACCGAUCGCGUGAAAAUGGACGAUUGGGGUCCGAUUUUAAAUUCUUUGUCCCUCGAUCGUAGUCUGCGAUCGAUCAGUGUUCGUAGUAGAUAUCAAUGUCGCAAACCAUUGGAGGAAAUAAAUUCGGAGGACAAAGCAAGAACGAUGGGCAAGGCACCCGUGGUACUAUCUCGUUAUCUUCUCGAGUGGUUAUCUCAUAGCGUCGGACAGUGCAUUAGAAAUUCGCCAACGUUAUUUAGCCUGGAGCUGGAGGGCAUACCAUUUCCCCCGGAUUGUUUAGCAGUGUUGUGCGUGGGUCUAUCACACACCAACACUGUUCGUUCCUUGUCUCUUCAGCGUUGUUACAUCGGAGACAACUCUUGCGAGCUGCUGUGCCGAACAGUGGCAGAUGUACCAAGUAUCAGAUCACUGAACCUCAGCUACUGUGAUCUGACGAGCAAAUGCGGACCAGCCUUGGCGGCUGCUCUGUCCAGACAGAAGCUGCUGCUGUACCACGACACUUGGAAGCAGUCCCUGAGGUACCAGGAGCCGAAUCUCGAGGCAAUGCCAGGGUUGCGUCGACUGACUUUGAACGACAACCCUCAGUUAGGAGACACAGCAGCCACGGAGCUGAUCGAGGCUAUCAGAGACAGUCUGUGGUUGAAAGCGAUAGAUCUUCAGCGUUGUGGAUUGUCCGAUAAGAUCGGCAAGGAUCUCCUGGAGCUGCUAGAUCACAACACCACCCUGAAUAUUCUCGAUGUGAGACAGAAUGUAAAUUUGAACGAGAGACUGGUGAAGGAGAUAAUCAAGCGUUUGGAGGAGAACAAUUCUGAUACAAAGUGCGAGUACAGAUGGCUAAAUUUACCUCAGCAAGAUCGGAAAGUGAUAUCAGCAGGCAACAGGAAGAGAAACGAGAUAGAAAAUAAUAGGAAACCUCUGAUGAGACCACGUAGCGCCGUGGUGGAGUACAUGAAGAGGCCCUAUCAAGCUCCAUUAAGGAAAGCGGUUAAUUCUGUGAACGAUGCGAAGAAGACGAAGACGAGACUCAAUGGUCCAGGGUUUAAAAACUUAGCAGCACAACAACGACAGCAACAGCAACAGCAGAUAGUUCAAAAUGGACAAACCAAAUCGAAAAUCACUCUCCACUUAGAUCUUCAAUCCCGUAUCAAACCCGUGAUAAACGAAACGAUGAAGAACGAAGAAGAUGACCAGACUUACGAGGACAGUGUUCAGCCGGACAGCGAGAGGACAUCGUCGAAGAUCGUGAAUCCAUUAAAAGUGGAUGCCGCUACGCAGAUGGCCCGUAGUUUGGAGAUGGAGAUGGAUUCCGCCAGGAUCGAGAAUAUCCAGGUUCAACUGAUGGAAGCGAAAUCGGAACACUACCGUCUCCUGGAGGAGCUUAAAAACAGCAGUGUGCUGUUAACGGAAGAACGAAAACGUCGCGAGGCCGCUGAAGAGGAACUGCAAGCUAUGAAGAGCAAUCUGAUAGAACUGGAGAACACUUUGAAGGACAAGGAGAACGAAACCAACGGAUUCGUGCUGCUUAGUCAGCAGUCUUUGGAUGAUAUUUGCACCUCCUUCGAUCGUCUACUGGAGAUGUUGGACAGCGUGACAAAGAAUCCGAAUGCUAGCCGAAGAGAGACAACCGAGGCGGCCAUUGUUAAGGCUGACAUCAAGAGACGAGUCGCCUCCGUCAUUCGACAAACGAAAUCAGAGAACCUGAGGAGAGGAUUCGUCGUGGACACCGACGAGGAUGAAAUCAUCGGGUACACUGAACCUGUCAGGAAGUUCGCCAAGUCUGAAAGCGACAUGAGGAAUUCUGUGGCUCCAAUUUCGACCAUGCACAUGGAAAGGAACAUAGGUGACACCGUGGACGUUCGUUCACCGAUCUUGGAGAGCGUUUUGUAUCGCGAUAAAGAGAUGUCUCCUCGGGCUAGAGCCAGGGCAUUAUUCGCCCAGAUCGUUCAAGGAGAGCCUGUGUUCGAAUUCUGCACUCACGUGGAUUAGAAAUUACGCGUUACAGAAGAUGCAGGGACGAGGCUGCGGUAUUUAUGAAUUUUAUACAAAUAAUACAUAUAGAAACCACAAGUACUCGCGUUGAAUAUUGAAACCGCGUUGAAACAGUUUUAAGGGAUGGACAGACGUUAGAAGGGCAAUAUAAAAAUGUGAAAGAAAGAUAUUAAAAAAAAAAAAAAAUGAUAAUAGUAAGAAAAU